CUUAGUUAGAAAAUGGUAAACCAAAGUAUUUUAAAUUUAAAUGAUGAUUGUCUUCGCCACAUACUGAAAUAUGUAAGGGUCAAAGACAUCGUAAGUCUAGCAGAAACCUGUACGAGGUUUCGACGGAUUAUUUUGGAUAGAUCGCCUGCACUUUUUCCAGUAUUUCAUAGAAAUUAUCCAGAUGCCAGCAAGCCAGUAUUAUAUUACUCAUCGGUUGGCAUUAAGCUUUUGAAAAUCGUUGAGAAUAAUGUGAAAACUUUGGGAGUUAUACAAGGAUACACCUACGAUAAGGAAGAUCUUGGCAACACCGUCAAAGAUUUUCGAGUUCUUACAAAGGCAAAAAACAAGAUCGAUUUACGGCAUUGCCUAGGAGAAAUACCCAAACUUGUGGAUAUGUUUCGAUUUUCUUCUCAUGCUUGUGACUAUCUGAGCAUAAACGUUCCGACAUGUAUUUGUUAUCUUCAGGAAUUUUUCCAACUUAUUCCCGAUUUAAAGGAACUUCGACUCUCAGGUUUUGCCAAAUGCUCCGAUUGCGUUAAAACUAUUUUGAAAUCCUUUCCAAAGUUGGAGGAACUGUGGAUCCGGGGAGCAUGCCUCAAACUUCGAUCGGACUACGAGUUGAUAUCACAGAUCAGUUCAUUAACUAAACUCUCGCUGAACGUUGGUGGGCCGAAUUGCCUGGCACCUUUGGCGAAUUUAACAGAACUUCGAUCUCUGUACGUGGAGAGUAUCUUUAGCUACAUAUCGCCAGCAGAAAUAAUAGAAAUCAUACAGAAUUGCAAAAAGUUGGAGUUUCUGUACUGUUACUAUAUAAAUCAUGGACAACAACCUCAGGAUUCCAUUGGAAAUCUAUUCAGGAGAAUCAAAUCGCUUCGAGAUCCCAGCCUACAAAGCCCUCUCAAGCUGCAUACAUAUUUGGAUCCACCUUUGUCUGAAGAAAAUGAAAAGCUCAUCGACAAUGCCUAUUUUGAAUAUCGCCGACAGCCCUAGGAUAUGAUAUUAUUUUUGCCAACCCUCAAAAAAAGAUCAACUGUGAAG